UGAUUUCCUCCACGACAAGGCUAAUGGGUUAACCGCACACUCUUCCUGGAUGUAUUUGUCAGAGAGAUUAGUGCGACGUUCAUUCAACACCGCUACUUUCACACUAUGCCAACAACAAGGUGGUUUGCGUUUGAGAAAAAGAUGGACGCCCGCAAACAUUGAUGCUUAGAGCGGAUAGUUGCGACGCUGAAUUCCGACUUCGAUGGUAGAUCUGCUCAGGUUUCAGCUAAGCUACAUGUUAACGGCACCCAGACCGGAGGGGUCCUCUGUGUGCAGCUGCCACAGCUGAUUAACUUACCGGAAUAGCUGACUCUUCUCAGACUGAAAGAAACCUGUCUUUGCGAAGAUGUCGUGGUUCAAUCACGUCAGUCAAGACUUGAACCAGCAGCAGCGACCUCAGCCCGUUGACAGCGACAGACUCGCAGCCACAGACGUGCUCGGCUCCCGGCUCAGGGCUCCGACACAGGGGUCCCCGACCAUGGCGACACAGCGCUGGACCGGGUGCUCCACUCCCAGCCCGGAGGACUUUCCAUCGGCUCCGCGGGGGGUUAUCAGCCCCCCCAGCCUCGGGAACCUGUCCUGCGCUUCUCCGGGUGCGGGCAGGCUUCGGGAGCCGGAGCCCAUCUCCUACGUUAGCCUCCAGGAGCAGCGGUGCGUCCUGAGCUGGUUCCAGGGCUGGAACGCCGCUCAGAGGGAGCGGUUCCUGCAGGACCUUCUGGGGAAAGCUGUACCUGGGAAAGUGUGCACACUCCUGGAUUCGCUCAGCACUCUUCAGGUUAAAGACAGACUACCGAACAUCUAUGAAUGCCAGCUGCGCCUGUGGACCCAGUGGUUUGAGUCUUGGGGAGAGGAGGAGAGGAAUCAUUUCCUGCACAUACUGGAAGAACAGGACCCAGUUUUUGUUGGCCACUUUUACAGGAGCGUAGCCGGUACAUCGGGAAGAGACUGACUAACGUUUGCAUUGUGAUUGGAAAAAGCAAGUGAUAAUAACAAAAUGUGUUAAAGAGGUGGCAUGUGUUUGUAAAUGUGUAUUGAAACAGAGGUAGGUCUCUUCAGAGAAGUGUUAGUGUAACUGUCCAUGGGAUUUAUUGUUGCAGAUAAAACCUUUCAUUAUAAGAGCACACAUGCUCAUAUAAGCUGUUUCUCCAGGGCUGCGUCACACAACACUUUUCAGUUCAGAACUUUUCGCUGAAUGCUUCUAUCAUGUCGUGACCCAAUGGCGUGAACUUGAGAUUAACCGGUUUAACAUCUAACGGGUUCAUUUUUCUGUUCUGGACCUGGUGAUUUGAAACACCAGGAAUGACAUGGACAAGAGGACACAUUCUCUUAUAAUAAACAAAAUACAUAAUUGUA